GUUUUCUCCUGCAUCCCCCAGCAGUCGGAUUUUUGCCACUGCAGCUCAACAGAGGGUGUAAGAUCUUCCACUGAGCAGCCCGGCAGAACAGGCAGAGCCUCUUAGUAACACCGUUUGUAAUUCAGAAACACAAUAAGACAGGAGUGCAGACGGGGGAAGAGCUGGGAAGGACGAGCGGAUUGCGGAAAUCUUCCAGUUGGUUGACAUCGCCUGUAAAUGUCGGUGCCUGGGCGUGAUUUCGGAACCACGGGCGAAAGCGACGCACUGCAAAGAAAAUCCCGGAUUCAUAAAAAAUUGCAAGGUCAGUCAUUAUUGAACUAAAAGCACAAUGCGCCGCUUGAUGUUGUGCCAUGUUGUCUUUCACCCGUUUAAAAAAUGUGCCGGAGUUUCCCAUUAGAAGAUUGCGUUUACUGUAAAGAAAUUGGUGGCCAGUUAACACUACUGGUCUGGAUAUAGAGAAGGCGAAAUAGGAAUGAGCGAAUUCACUGACUGCUUUCCUCUUUCUCUGGUGGAUGAUUUUAAAGCCCAUUUGUUCAUUUGUUAAUUGCAUUCAUGUCUUGAAAUCGGGAAUGAAUUGCGGUAAAAAUGUUGCUUUGGAUUUUGCUACUGAAGGCGGCUCUUUGUGUUGCUAGUGGAAAUAUUACAAGGGACAUUUGUAAAGAGCAGAUAUGCUCCUGUAAUGAUAUAGAAGGAGAUCUGCAUAUCGACUGCGAAAAGAGGAGCUUUUCUAAUCUGCAUCAUUUGGCUGGUCCCAGUUCUCAGUUUUAUCACUUAUUACUGCAUGGGAAUUCGUUGUCCAGACUAUUUCCCAACGAGUUUGCUAACUUCUACAAUGCCGUUAGCUUGCAUUUGGAAAACAAUGGUUUGCACGACAUCGUUCCAGGAGCGUUUUUGGGUCUGCAGCUUGUCAAGCGACUGCACAUCAAUAACAACAAAAUACGAUCUUUCAAAAAGAACACGUUUUUGGGCUUGGACGACCUGGAAUAUUUACAAGCCGAUUUCAAUCUCCUUCGCGAUAUCGAGCCGACUGUCUUUAGGGACUUGAAUAAACUUGAGGUUUUGAUCCUAAACGAUAACCUGAUCAGCACGCUUCCCAUCAGCGUCUUUCAGAAUGUGCCGAUAACUCACCUCGACCUGCGCGGAAAUCGAAUUAAAACGCUUCCGUAUGAGGGGGUCCUUGAGCAAAUACCGGGCAUCGCCGAGGUGUUAUUGGAGGAUAACCCCUGGGACUGCAACUGUGAUCUCAUUCCCCUGAAGGAAUGGCUGGAAAAUAUACCACGCAAUGCCUUGAUCGGAAGGGUGAUCUGCGAAGCUCCAACUAGACUACAGGGAAACGACUUGAACGAGACAUCAGAAGUGGACCUCUGUCCUUCCACGUUCGAGGUUGACUCGAGUUUGGCGGCACCCCCCACGCAGCAAUCUGGACCAGUUUCAACGCCUAUUAGAAUAAACGGUGCAGCCGAGAGCCCGACUGCUGCGUCCAAGCAUAAGAGGCGCUCAAAAUCACGGGAAAACUGGCAGAUCAAAACCAAACCCACCGCUAUCACUACCGUAAACUUGAGAAGUGAGCAAAUACUCAAUGCAUCCUGCCCAGUGUCGUGUAGCUGCAGAUUGCCCGAGUCCAAACAGGGUCUGAAGGUGAGCUGCGAGGGGAGGAACAUCGAAAGCCUGAAUAACCUGAAACCCAAACCACAAAACGUUCAGGAGUUAAAUCUAAGAGAAAACAAAAUCCACUCUGUUAAAAAGAACUACUUCAAUGAUCAGAAAAAUCUGAUCCUUCUUGAUUUGGGAGGAAACAACAUACGAGUAAUUGAAAACGGCACAUUUCAGAAUCUCGGCGCAUUAAGAUGGCUGUACAUGGACAAGAACUACCUGGAUACCCUCUGUAUGGAAAUGUUUCUUGGAUUGCAAAAUCUGGAAUAUCUGAGUCUGGAAUAUAACGAAAUACAACUUGUGAUGGCAGGGACCUUCAAUACAAUGCCUAAUCUAAGGGUCCUAUUCCUCAACAAUAACUUAUUAAAAUCGUUGCCCGUGGAUAUUUUUAACGGAGUCUCUUUGUCACGAAUAAGUCUGCACAACAAUUAUUUUACAUUUCUUCCGGUUGCCGGCGUUUUGGAUCAACUUACAUCCGUCAUACAAAUGGAUCUGCACGGCAAUCCGUGGGAAUGUUCCUGCAACAUCGUUGCAUUCAAACAAUGGACGGAGAAGAUGGGCUCGGACGUCAUCGUCAGCGACCUCAAAUGUGAGUCGCCAGAAGAGUUUUGGAAAAAGGACUUCCGACAACUGCGAAACGAUCUGUUGUGCCCGCAACUUUUCGACAAAUCGCCGUCUGCGUCCUUAGGCAGAAACAGCACUUUCUCCGCAGAUACUGCGACACGCUCUAACUCGUAUCUGGAGCCCAGCAGAGUCUCCAUCUCAGUGUUAGUUCCCGGACUCUUGCUUGUUUUUGUCACGUCUGCCUUCACGGUUGUGGGGAUGCUCGUUUUUAUCUUGCGGAAUCGCAAGCGAUCAAAGCGAAGAGAUGGAAACUCCUCGGCGUCCGAGAUCAAUUCUUUGCAGACAGUAUGCGACUCAUCGUACUGGCAUAACGGGCCUUACCGCACAGAUGGAUCCCACAGGGCCUUUGACUGUGCUUCCCACCCGCUCUCCGACUAGUAAUACGGACUGAGGAUGAAUUAAGAAGGAAAAACACACACACAGCACUCUGUGAUGUUCGUGCAGACAACUGAUCACUGAUGUUAAAAGCUUCCCUCUGUCGGAUAUAUUGUAUUCAUGUUAGCUUCUGCAGACUAUUGUCUGUGAAUAUCUGUUAAUGAACCAACUGUAAUAUAUGUAGCCAUUGACAAUAUACAAUGCAGGUAUUGGCCAUCAGACUGAACAUCUGAGAAAGGAACUCGGUCAGAAAAAUCUGCACGGGCGCAUGAAUGUAAUGUACAUAAAUUGCUGUAUCAUACAUGCAUGAACCGCAAAGUCUCAACACACCAAUGAGGUCCGUAAUAAUGGCAAAAGCAUUUGACCCGUUCUUUAAUGUUAUAAAUAUAUACAUAAAAUACAUAAAUAUAUAUUAAAAGUGCCAUUUCUCUAUUUUUUUGUGAAUAUUCUGUAACGAUUUGUAUUUGAUGUUUUAAACUGUUAACAAAACAACGAUAGCCUAUUGGGAAAAAUGUAGGUGUUCUGCAUGUUUUUUUUAUUUUUAUUAUUUAUUAUUUUAUUUUACUUAUUAUUAGUUGUCAUUUGCUACCUGGAUUAUUUAUAUUUAGAUCAGACCUUAGAUAUGUGCCAAAUCAUCUCCUUCUGAAUGUUAAAUGUGUUCUCCUUAGUAGUAAAUUUCUCAAGUGGUAAAUUUUCAGAGAUACGGGUGCAAAUCAGCAUGACCGAUUAACACGCUCACUUGCUUAUUCUGCAAAGGCAAUCAUAGAAGAAAAAAAGCUCUGUGACAACGUGUUAAUAGGUUUACUUCGGGGCAGUCCCCAGCUACAUAUCUGAGGGUUUUAUAAUGGCA